UAUGCCUGGGCAUUGGAUGAGAGUGCUGAAGAGAGGGAGCGAGGAAUAACUAUGACUGUGGCUGUUGCUUAUUUUAAUUCCAAAAGACAUCAUGUUGUUUUGCUCGACUCUCCUGGACACAAAGAUUUUGUUCCAAACAUGAUAGCAGGAGCAACACAAGCAGAUGCCGCGAUUCUUGUCAUAGAUGCAUCUGUCGGUGCUUUUGAAGCUGGUUUUGAUAAUCUGAAAGGCCAGACAAGGGAGCAUGCACGUGUUCUGAGAGGUUUUGGCGUGGAGCAAGUCAUAGUUGCAGUCAACAAAAUGGAUAUUGUUGGGUAUUCAAAGGAAAGAUUUGAUUUGAUUAAGCAGCAUGUUGGAUCCUUUUUGCAAACCUGUCGUUUUAAGGAUUCGUCUCUGACAUGGAUUCCUUUAAGUGCCAUGGAAAAUCAAAAUUUGGUGGCAGCUCCCUCUGACAACCGCUUAUCCUCAUGGUAA